AUUGCAAGUGCAGUAUGGAGUUGGGAUUUAUGUAGUAUUUGAUCUGACCGUUACGAUCUCCAACUAAUUAAAUUUAUUAGGUGAUGCGUAACAAACAUAUGAGUUUACCGGAUAUCUAAAGCAUUUCUGUGUGCAUGGGAUCUGUCCUUUAAAAGCAUCUUGUUUGAUGUUAUUUACACGUACAUAGAUAUCGAUGUUGGAGUGAUGAGAGAUGCUUGAGAUGCCUAAUGGUAUCAACAAAUGGUUAGAGAUGUUAAAUUUGUCACCGUCAAUCUAUCGGAACGUUAAUGAUGGCGAUCGACCUGUAACAAGCAAAAAGGUAUAUUCUAGAAGACCUUGGUAUGCGCCGCCAAUCGAUCCUAUCGGAAUAGAGAAGGAAGAAGGUCAGUAUAAUUUAGGAUACGACACCGAUUACAAUAGUGAUCCAGGUGAAGAAUACUAUGGGAAUAUAGAAGAGGAUCCAGUAACCUCGGUACAAGUAGAGGCUUUAGGACACUUGGAGGCGUCGUCGUCUAAUCCUAGAUACGAACAAGCACCUACCAGCUCUGUGACAGAGUUAUCAUUUACGAAUGCUGUUAAUUUAAGAGAAGCAGUGCUAGUCGCAUUGGGUGGUGCGAGCGCCGCAGUCGUCCUUCUUCUCGUGAUGGCAGGCGUGUUCUGCGCUCGACGCCGCAAAAACAGCCCUUCCCCCGUCCCCUCUCCGCCAAUACUCGUCUACCCUCCACAUGAUAUAACUGCACCGUGCUACUUGACGAAAGAAGUGAACUUUUCCCUGCCUACCCUGCGUUCGUCGUCGCUCGGUGAGCUUCGUGACGUCAGCGUUUCGAGUUUGAACAGUGACGUGCUGUGCCCGCCUGUGCCCACGCAAUAUCGGUCCAACUCUUUCACGAACACAACAGAGAUCGGCGUGUUGGACCCAGCUCUGUACAAAGCAGACUGCCACGUGGAAGAUUAUUUAUGGCCCGAGGGUCACGUGGGACGAAUAUGGUUCACCCUGAAAUACGAGGCGGAAACCGAAAGGCUGCAGGUUCACAUUAUAAAGGUUAAACACUUGCCGUCUCGCACUCCAGCGCUGGCGAAUGCCUGCGAUCCUUAUAUAAGGAUUCAGUUGAUGCCGGACGAGAGACGGGUGCUGCAAACUAAACAGAAGAAAAAGACGUGCAAUCCGUUCUUUGAUGAGACUUUCGUAUAUCAGAUACCGCCAGGUAAAUUAGAGAGUCUAACGCUAAAACUAUCAGUACUGGACACCGGACGUGUGGGAAGGAACAAGCCGUUGAUCGGUCACGUGAUACUUCCUCUCAGCGAGCUCGAAGGUGUAGCACCUGAUGAAGAACCUCAGUUGUAUAAAAUGGACAUUGAAAAGGAAAUACAAGAACCGACAUCUGACCUAGGCGAGGUGCAAGUCUCUCUACUGUAUAAUGAAAACCUUCAUCGCCUCACCGUCACCGUGAUAGAAGCAAGAGGACUUAAGCUGGACCCCACAAGCAAACGCGAGAUGGUAGCCCGGGUGACCCAAGAGCGGGCGUGCCGCGGCGUGCGAGCGAGACGCACAGCCGCCGUGGAAGUAUCGGAGGAGGGCACAGCCCCAGUAUCCGAGUGCUUCCACUUCCGACUGCGGGCGGACGAGCUGCACACUACUAGCGUCACUGUGCAGGCGCUGCAACCGCACUCCGUGUAUGCCAAAGAUCGUCUUCUGGGUAAGUUCGUGUUAGGCUCAUACAUGUUCGCACGCGGCCGCGCCCUCCAACAUUGGAACUCGGCCAUCGGCAAUCCCAUGGAACAGAUCAAACAAUGGCAUCCACUUACUAACUGAACUGAGCUGUGAAUAUGGACAACUGAUUGUAACUUACAAUUCAUUAUUGGAUAACUCUAUUUUUCGGUUUAUUUGAUGCUGUUUAAUUAGUUUCAUUUUUUUUAGUAAACAUUUUUUUUAUCCUUUUUUGUUAAAUUAUUUAUGUCUUGAAGUAGACUGUAUUGUUGUACUAGGUACUUGUUAUUUAUCAAUAUUUUUUAUGUCUUUAAAAUUGAUUGUCGCUUGGAUUGUUAAGAAAUAAAUCAUUAUAAUUCUUUAAAGACCAGUACACUCGUUAAUAAUUUUUGGAGUUAGUAUUAGUUUUGAAGUUCAUUAAUAGAGUUAUCCAUUUUUUGUAAAAUUUGCUGUAACAAAUGACUUUCAUAACUAUCAAUUCUAUUAUAAAAAUGACUACAUUUAAUAUUUGAUAAGCGCUAAUAUACUCGUACUUAUUUUUAAACUUCACUAUAAAUUUUACUUUAAUAAAAAUCUUCUUUUACGACUUCGUAGUAUAGUGAGCUAUUCGGCGAAAUAGAUUUAAAAAAGCUUUGCUGAAGGAGUACUUUCAUAUCGCUACUUUAUUUUACUUGCUUUAAUAUAAUGAAACAUUUGUUACAACAAAUCUUAGCAAACUUAUGUGAAUAUUUAAUAUUAGUAAUGUCUCGUAUAAUUAAAGAAAUACUAUAUUAUUAUCGAACACCAAAUUAAUCAAAAUACAUAUUAUAAUAUUGUAUCUUUUCAAUUUACCUUGUCCGCCUGUCGCUGUAGUCUAAUAGGUACUUUUAUUUUUCCUUUAAUUCGUAAAGAAUUCAAUUAUUCAUGUUUAUGGCUAUUUUGAGAAUCAUUACCAUACCAUAUCUCUCUGUGCAUUAAAUACUU